GAACCAACCACUUGAGAAAACCUUGCUCCUGACAUGAUGUGGCUGCAUACACUGAUCCUGUACAUCAUUGCCUUCACAGUUCAGGGGCAGCAGCCUUCAAUGCCGAUAGUGGACACAGAAUAUGGGAAAGUCCAAGGCACUCAAGCAAUACUACAAGGAUUUGACAUACCUGUCCAUGUUUUUCUGGGGGUGCCUUUUGCCAAACCUCCCCUGGGACCUCUGAGAUUCACUCCACCCCAGCCUCCUGAGCCCUGGAACUAUGUGAAGAACACCACUACAUACCCUCCAGGAUGUUCCCAGAAUCCAGGUGUAUCAAGUAGACUUUCUAGACUUUUCUCUAUUAGGAAUGAAACCAUUUCAUUUACACAUUCUGAAGAUUGUUUGUACCUAAAUAUUUACACACCAGCUAACCUGACAAAGAAAACCAAGUUACCGGUGAUGGUAUGGGUCCAUGGAGGAGGUUUGUUUAUGGGUGGGGCUUCAACCUAUGAUGGAUUAGCCCUAUCAGCCUUUGAGAAUGUAGUGGUGGUUACCAUUCAGUACCGCCUUGGAAUCUUGGGGUUUUUUAGUACUGGAGAUGAACAUGCCUGGGGGAAUUGGGGUUGCUUAGACCAAGUGGCAGGACUCCAGUGGAUCCAGAAGAAUAUUGCCAACUUUGGAGGAGACCCAGGCUCAGUGACCAUCUUUGGCGAAGCUUCAGGAGGUUUUAGUGUUUCAUCACUGAUUUUGCUCAAGCCCUUAACCUUAAAAUUUGUGUUCAUACCUUCAGUUGUGGAUGGAGCAUUUUUCCCCAAAAGUCCCAAAGAACUCCUGGCUGAAAAGCAGUUUAAUGACAUUCCCUAUAUCAUGGGAAUCACCAAUGAUGAAUUUGGCUGGUUUCUUCCAAAUGAAAUGGGAUAUCCUCUAUCAGGGGAUGGACUGGACCAAGAGACAGCAACCGCACUUCUAUGGAGUUCCUACCCAAUUGUUGAAAUUCCCCAAAAUCUUACUGCUGUAAUAACUCAGGAGUAUCUUGGAGUGACAGAUGAUCCUGUCAAAAAGAAAAGAUUCUUUCUGGACAUGCUAGGAGACUUGACAUUUGGAAUCCCUACUGUCAUUUUGGCUCAGUACUACCGGGACGCAGGUUCACGCACCUACCUCUAUGAAUUUCAGCAUCCAGCAAGUAUUUGGGGAAAUCUGAAGCCAGCAAUGGUCAGGGCAGACCAUGGGGAUGAUUUAUUCUUUGUGUUUGGGUCUCCAUUUUUAAGAGAUGAUUUCUCAGAAGAAGAAAAGCAUCUUAGCAGAAUGAUGAUGAAAUAUUGGGGCAACUUUGCUCGGAAUGGGUGAGAUUUGUAAUAGGGAAUAAGGAAACUUUUUUUUUAAUUUAUUGAUUGUUUGUUUUUAUAUCACUUAUGUUUCCCAAUAUAUUCCUCCUUCUACCCCAUCUUAAAGAAUCUUCUCUAUUAAUAAAAAAAUUUUUUAGAAAGUGAAAAA